UCAAAUCAGGGACUUUCGAGCUCGAUCUCGACGCUUAUCUACAAGUAUGAAUUACAAACGGCUCUGUACAUGUUAGAGCCUUGGGAGAAGGCUUUAUUCAAUGUUAUCUUGCUCAGUAUCAUUUCAUUAUCGGCCAUGACGGUAUUCCAGUAUACCCCUCUUCUGUAC